UAGCAACGAAUCUCUGGAGGUAGAGCUUGUUUUCUUUGAUUCGUCCGUACUUUUCCUUUCAUCCUGUCUUCCCGUUCUGUGCUGAGUCUAGUAAGCUUCCAGUUCGCAUUGUCUACGCCAUUCUGCCGGUCGUGGUUGUUGCAUAUCUGUAGCACGGUAACACUUGAUCUAUAUUGUACAUGUAUACUGGACUUCUAGUAUACCUAGGGUUGAUGCCAUGAUGGACAGGACAACAGCUUCAUCGCUGGUUCCGUUACCAGUACCAGCAGUGGCAUUAGCGGGAUCAAUUGCAAGCCAUGGCCGUCCAGACACAGCUUUGAAAGAGUCAGCCACGGAGGGUGGACAGAACCAAUCCACUACAUCGAUUCGCAUAGAGGAUGUCCCCAAUGCCGAUGCAAGCAACAAGAAAAAGCGGAAACCAAGAAUAUUCUUUAGCCGGCAACAAGUCAAUGCGUUGGAGGGAAUCUUCCGAACUAAGCAAUAUAUAUCUGCAGUUGAGCGACAGGUACUGUCAGCCAUGCUGAAGCUUACUGAGAGGCAGAUCAAGAUCUGGUUCCAGAAUCGUCGCCAAAGGGGAAAGGUAAGGGGUGAAGCCAAUGAUGGGCAUACUGUGCAUCCUAUUGUUAUGGGCGGACCAGCUGCCCCUGCAAACCGCUUUAUGAACCCAGCUCCACCAUAUCAUCAUGAUCAUGGUCAGAAUCCUUCUUUUUAUGGUGGAAGUCACUUUAGCCAGCCACAACUGCAUGCCUCGAACGCUGCUGCAGGCCAAGGACAGACAAGCUUUUCCAUGACCAGAGGUAUCCCAGAAAUGCAGAAUCGGUCAUCACAGGAGCUAGUGAAGGCCCAGGCACCAUUUACAGCGUGGGCUAUUGACGCUCAACAAUCUGCCCGCAUGCAGCAGCAACCACAGCAGGGAAACAUGGCGGCACCGAUGCUACCAGCCACACACGCUGGUUUAGCCCAAACUGGACUGUCACAGGCAGGAGGCAUCCGACAAACGCACUGGCCUCCACAACAGCUAGUGCAGGCUCAAGCAUCAGCUCUGACUGAAGUUAGCCGUCCUUCUCCAUUCACCUCAAUGCAACACCAGCCCGAAAACCAGCAGCGACGCGACGUGUUCGCAUCGUCCUUCGCAGCAGGCAACACACACAUGCAAGUACAUUCGCAGGAGUCGCACAAAUCAAACUUAGCCACCACAGAUGACAACACUCCCUCUGUUCGCGAACAAAUCUCAUGGAUGCCUCCAUCAGGGCCAGUAAACCUCCCGUCCAUGAAUACCUACUCCGAACGACAGCAGCAAACUUCUACGGCCCCAUAUCAGAGUCGGCAUUUCCCUUAGGCUAUUUAGACGGCUUCGGAUUCAGUAUUUACUAUUGGCAAAAGUAUUACAAUCGAGUCACAAGCGCUCCUGCAAAGUACACGCACAAGCAUGUAGAACUUUUUUUUUAUAUUUAUAGCAUGUAGGAAACAAGCGCCAUUAUCACACAUACAUUCCAUGUCUUUAAACACACAUUCGCACCUAACAGAAGCCUUCUAUAAUCGUCUGCCAGAUGAAUAUCCCGAACCGAACAUAAUUAUGACAUCCAAGAUGAACUGGGCGUCACCUUGACUACAAAAAUGGCGUGCAAAAUUGUCAUUUACAAUGGACAGCUGGACAAACAUAGUCUCGUAGCUAGCGUAGCAUAGAUCAUUCAUCAGCAACGAUGACCAAUUUAGACCAGUCUCGCUAUGGAAUCGUUGGAGACGCUCACAAUUAUUUGCACAUCUACAGCAGCAGCCUACACUCUCAUAGGGCAGAUAGCUGCUUUCAAAAUACUUCUGUCAUCCAUUCGUAUCUACCUGCAUUGUUUUAGUUUGUGAGUACAUGCUGUUACAAGUAGUACUUUCCAUAUUAUCUGGUGUCAACGCGUGACACGCGUCCUUCCCAUCCCCACCUGUCCAGAACAAACACACACCACCUUGCUGAAUACCGAAUAACAUGACAGUGUUUAAUAAUAUUAUUUAUUGUUAUUGUAGGUUUGUGUAUUCCCGGUUGGCACCAUGGGUUUCUACGUGGCCCUUUACGAGUAAUACGAUUCCAACAACCUCUGCUCUCGUGUUCCCGUACAAUAUUUUUUAUU